AAAAAAAAGAAAAAAAAAAGCGGAAGAAGCGGCCGAGGAGGCGGCGGCGGGAGGAGGAGAGGAGGAGGGGCCGCGCGCGGCGGCCCGAGGCGGCGGCGGGGACGCGGGGACGCGGGGACGCGGCUUUGUGCUGGCGGGUCGUGGGGCGCCCAUGGCGGAGUGCGGCCGGGGGGGCGCCGCCGGCGGGGCCCUGCCCACCUCCCCGGGCCCGGCUCUCGGCGCCAAGGGCGCCCUGAAAGCUGGAGCCGGAGAAGGCGGCGGCGGCAGCGGCGGCAGCAGCGGCGGCGGCGGGGGAGGUCGCCUCGGCCACGGGCGGGCGCGCUAUGACAGCGGCGGGGUUUCCAACGGAGACUGCAGCCUCGGCGUGUCCGGGGACGAAGCCCGAGCCAGCCCUGCCAGGGGACCCCGUGGCACCGCGCUCGCCCCGACCCCCAGCCCGGCCGCCUGCCCCCUCCCCCGGGAGAGCAAACCCGGCGGCCUGCCCCGCCGGAGCAGCAUCAUCAAGGAUGGUACAAAACAGAAAAGAGAACGGAAGAAGACAGUCUCGUUUAGUAGCAUGCCAACAGAGAAGAAGAUCAGCAGUGCAAGUGAUUGCAUCAAUUCGAUGGUUGAGGGUUCAGAACUCAAAAAGGUUCGCUCCAACUCCAGGAUUUACCACAGGUAUUUUUUACUGGAUGCCGACAUGCAGAGCCUGAGGUGGGAGCCAUCUAAGAAGGAUUCCGAGAAAGCCAAGAUUGACAUUAAAUCCAUUAAGGAAGUGAGGACGGGAAAAAAUACAGACAUAUUCCGCAGCAAUGGCAUUUCUGACCAGAUAUCUGAAGACUGCGCAUUUUCAGUCAUAUACGGAGAGAAUUAUGAGUCACUUGAUUUGGUUGCCAACUCUGCAGAUGUUGCGAACAUCUGGGUUACGGGACUGCGGUACCUAAUUUCUUAUGGAAAACAUACACUUGAUAUGUUAGAAAGUAGCCAAGACAACAUGAGGACUUCUUGGGUUUCACACAUGUUUAGUGAAAUUGAUGUAGAAGACCUUGGACAUAUAACUCUGUGUAAUGCUGUGCAGUCCAUCAGAAACCUCAAUCCCGGUUUAAAAACUAGCAAAAUUGAGCUCAAGUUCAAAGAAUUGCACAAAUCCAAGGACAAAGCUGGUACUGAAGUCACAAAGGAAGAAUUUGUUGAGGUUUUCCAUGAGCUUUGUACCAGACCUGAAAUUUAUUUCCUUUUAGUUCAGUUUUCAAGCAAUAAAGAAUUUCUUGAUACCAAGGACCUUAUGAUGUUUCUUGAGGCAGAGCAGGGUGUGGCACAUAUAAAUGAGGAAAUUAGCCUUGAGAUUAUUCACAAAUAUGAGCCAUCCAAAGAAGGUAAGGAAAAGGGCUGGCUUUCCAUAGAUGGGUUCACUAACUACCUUAUGUCACCUGACUGUUAUAUAUUUGAUCCAGAACAUAAGAAGGUCUGUCAAGAUAUGAAGCAACCUUUGUCUCAUUACUUUAUAAACUCAUCUCAUAAUACAUACUUAAUAGAGGAUCAGUUCCGAGGUCCCUCUGAUAUCACGGGAUACAUCCGAGCUCUUAAAAUGGGUUGCCGGAGUGUUGAGUUAGAUGUAUGGGACGGGCCAGAUAAUGAACCUGUAAUUUACACGGGCCACACCAUGACCUCUCAGAUAGUCUUCCGCAGUGUCAUUGAUAUUAUUAACAAGUACGCAUUCUUUGCUUCAGAGUAUCCUCUUAUCUUAUGUUUAGAAAAUCACUGUUCUAUUAAACAGCAGAAGGUAAUGGUUCAGCACAUGAAGAAAAUUUUAGGAGACAAGCUCUAUACAACAUCACCCAAUGUAGAGGAAUCUUAUCUGCCAUCCCCAGAUGUCCUGAAGGGGAGGAUACUAAUUAAAGCCAAGAAGCUGUCCUCAAAUUGCUCAGGCGUAGAAGGGGAUGUUACUGAUGAAGAUGAGGGAGCAGAAAUGUCUCAGAGGAUGGGAAAGGAGAAUGUGGAGCAGCCCAACAAUGUGCCUGUGAAGCGAUUUCAGCUAUGUAAAGAACUGUCUGAACUGGUGAGCAUCUGCAAGUCGGUUCAGUUCAAAGAAUUUCAGGUGUCAUUUCAGGUUCAGAAGUACUGGGAAGUGUGUUCAUUUAACGAAGUGCUUGCCAGCAAAUAUGCCAAUGAGAAUCCAGGGGACUUUGUAAAUUACAACAAACGUUUCCUUGCUAGGGUUUUCCCCAGCCCCAUGAGAAUUGACUCCAGUAACAUGAACCCUCAAGACUUUUGGAAGUGUGGUUGUCAGAUCGUAGCCAUGAACUUUCAGACCCCAGGCCUGAUGAUGGACCUGAAUAUUGGCUGGUUCAGGCAGAAUGGGAACUGUGGCUAUGUCCUUCGGCCGGCCAUCAUGAGGGAGGAAGUGUCUUUCUUCAGUGCCAACACAAAGGACUCCGUCCCUGGGGUUUCACCUCAGCUUCUUCACAUUAAAAUCAUUAGCGGGCAGAACUUUCCCAAACCCAAAGGAUCAGGUGCCAAAGGUGAUGUAGUGGAUCCUUACGUCUAUGUUGAAAUUCACGGAAUCCCUGCCGACUGUGCGGAACAAAGGACAAAAACAGUGCACCAGAAUGGGGAUGCUCCCAUUUUUGAUGAAAGCUUUGAAUUUCAAAUCAACCUUCCUGAACUGGCCAUGGUGCGCUUUGUUGUACUAGAUGAUGACUACAUUGGGGAUGAGUUCAUUGGUCAGUACACAAUCCCCUUUGAAUGUUUACAAACAGGCUACCGCCAUGUCCCCUUGCAGUCACUGACUGGAGAGGUCCUAGCACACGCUUCUUUGUUUGUCCACGUGGCCAUUACUAACCGAAGAGGAGGAGGGAAACCACAUAAAAGGGGCCUUUCUGUGAGAAAAGGGAAGAAAUCCAGGGAAUAUGCAUCUUUAAGAACAUUGUGGAUUAAAACUGUAGAUGAGGUGUUCAAGAAUGCCCAGCCCCCUAUACGCGAUGCCACAGAUCUGAGAGAGAACAUGCAGAAUGCAGUGGUGUCAUUCAAAGAGCUGUGUGGCCUCUCCUCUGUGGCCAAUCUCAUGCAGUGCAUGUUGGCGGUAUCUCCCCGCUUUCUGGGAGCUGAUAACACACCCCUCGUGGUCCUGAAUCUUAGCGAGCAGUAUCCCACGAUGGAGUUGCAGGGAAUCGUGCCUGAGGUUCUAAAGAAGAUUGUAACAACUUACGACAUGGUCUUUCUGGCUGGACUGCCCUUUCCUCAUCUUCAUUGCGCAGUUGCUACUCGUAUGGCAGGGCCGGUCCCAGCGCUGUGGAAAAGCAGAGACUUUGAGGUCAAGCAGAAUUCAUUUUUUCCUAGGGGCAGUCCCUUUGCCCAUCUUACCAGAGGACCUUGGGAAAGUAGCUUAACUCUCAGGUCUAAAGUGUUCAAUCUGUAAAACUGACACCGUAAAGACCCACCUCACGUGGCUUUUGUGAGCAUUAGACGAAAUAGAAAGCACCAGGUAUGCACCUGAUGCAGAGGAGGUGUUGAAUUACUUUCAUUUUGAUUCCUUCAGCCAACACUUGUACUAUUUAUAACCACAGCUUGUUAUAAAGCAGCAGACCCAGGCAGAGGUUGGUCCCCACUAGAUCUAAUGGCACCCCCAUGUUGUCCCUGCUGUAUCCUCAGUGCCAUGUGCUCUACACUCAGUCCUAGUUGUCCCCUGCGUGAAAGCAAGAAAUCAGCCAUCUGGGUAGGUAGGUACCCUGCCCUCUCGGCCUGCUGGACCCUUAACUUAGGGCACCUGUCGGAGCUCAUGGUCCUGAGGAAUACCUAGAGGGGCCCUUUCACUCCAGAAGAAUUUACACAGGUACUGCAAGAGUUGAGAUUAAUGAACUCACUCUGUGGACAAGAACUAUAAACUGUUUACUACAUAUUAAUGUAUUUAUAAGUACUUACCCUAACUGUAAACAUGCACCCUAAAACUAUAAAAAGAUAUAAACUGGCAGUUCCUCCUCCCCAAGGAAGUGGUGAAAACAUUUAGUAACAGGUGUGGCAAGAUGAAUCAUCUCUGCUAAGGUCUGGGGAUAUGUUUUCUUCCUGCCUUAGCUCUAAGUUCCACUGAUUGUUUACUGUUGUGCUUACCUUCUCCAAGGCUGGUUCCCUCCAGAAUACCCAGAAUACCCCUCUUGUACGGUCUGCAAAUGCCUGCUGCUGUUUACUUCCAGACCUGAGAGGAACGGCUUUUCAGUGGGUUUGCAUUCUCCACCCUGGUGUGUUAGCCACCUUCAUAUUUUAUAUACUGCUCGUAAAUAAGGGGUGGAGAGUGUAUUCAAGUCUGAGCCACAGAGCG